ACUCGAGUAAAUUCGUUCAGAUCCUCUAGUCUGUUUCUGCUAGCUCUGGUCACCAUGGCGUCCCUAGACCCGUUCUUCCACCUGACCAGCCUUCCCUACGCCAUUCUCCGCCCGCCGAAGCUCCGUCUAAAGCUCCCAACUUUCUCUUUCCCCCAUCCUAUGGUCGUCUACAGCUUCGUUAUCUUCAGCUAUUUCCUCGUCGUUUCCGGAAUCGUCUUCGAUGUUAUUGUCGAACCUCCCGGCAUCGGCGGCCAUCAGGACGAGGCGACAGGGAAAUUCGUUCCCGAGGUUAUUAUGGCGGGAAGACUUAACCAGCAGUAUAUUAUUGAGGGUCUUUCGUCCGGAUUCAUGCUCGUGCUGGGAGGCCUUGGGAUUGUCCUGAUCGACUGGGCUUGCGACAAGCUGCAAACGAAGAACAUGCGGUUGGUUUAUCUGGGCACCGGGCUGUCCAUGGUGGUUAUCAGCUACACCAUGAGCAUGGUGUUCCUGCGGAUCAAGAUGCCUGGCUAUCUCCACUAAAUCUCCCUGUGAAGAAUCCUGGUGUUUCUGUUCCCACUGGUGGCUGAGCAGCACAUGCGUAUGGUUGCUACAGGAUGUUUGCCAAGAUGUGGGUUUCUGCAGUUUCAGCUUACCUGCACAUUUGGCCUGAAUGAUUGCAACUAACCAUUGUGCAAAAUGCAGUAGAAUUUGCAAUUUCGUGGCAGAGCACCCUUGUGCAGUCCAAACUCACUCUAUAACGGUGCUCAAUGCUCAUCCCAUGCAUGUUCUAGAGCUCAAGAUAUGCCGUGAAGGCAGAAACAUUCCUCCUGACCUGACAUUUGUGCUCAGU